AUGCCAACCAGUCCAGCAAGACUCCAUCUCCUGCAAGUCCUUCUUAUUACCGCCCCUGCCUUUAUACUUUACGGGUACAACCAGGCGGGUCUCUCUGCCCUUCUCAACCUAUCCGUUGUCGCACGACGCUUCCCAGCAAUCGACACCGUCUUCACUACCGGCUCUCAGGAAGAAACAAACUCCACCAGAAAAGGAGCAAUCAAUGCUUGCUUCCAGCUCGGGGCUUUGCUUGGAUCCUUGUCAUGUUCUUACUUGGGCGACAGCUGGGGACGUCGAAGAACGAUCCUCCUUGCUGCAUCCCUUGCCCUCGUUGGCCAGGUCCUUCAGGCCUCCGCAUUUGCACUCGCCCAAUUUGUCGUAGGAAGGGUCAUCCUCGGACUGGGAGUCGGUCAGUUGAGUGUGAUGAGCCCCGUUUGGCAGUCUGAGUCGUCCCAUGCCGGCAAUCGUGGCAGACAGGUUAUCACGUCCGGCAUCUUCAUCUGCGUGGGAUUUGCCUUGACGAGUUGGAUCAACUUUGGCUGUAGCAAAGCGCCUUACGGUCCUCUCCAGUGGCGACUGCCUCUGGCCCUGCCGACGAUCUUCUCCUUGGUGAUUGUAGCAUCUGUCAUGACCUUCCCCGAGUCCCCCCGCUGGUUGGUUCUCCGUCGUCGUAAUCACGACGCUGCGCAAGCCUUGGCCACUCUGAACGGACUGGCUUGCGAUGAUCCACUUGUUCUCAGGGAGAUUGAGGAAAUCGGACGGUCGCUUGAGGGAACACGAAACACUUCUGGACGGACUCUGCCCAGCUUGAAAAAUGAUCCUUCACGUCUCUGGUGGCGCUUCACUCUCUGCAUGCUCCUUCAGUUCUUCCAGCAAACCUGCGGAGGUAAUCUCAUCUCGAUCUACACCACGCAAAUCUUUGAACAGAACUUAGGCCUGUCAGGGGAUCUACCUCAAAUUUUAGCAGCUGCCUCCUUAACAUGGAAGCUCGCAUGUUCAUUCAUUGCCUUUGCUGCCAUUGACCGAUUGGGCCGUCGAGUGCUGUUCACCAUCAGUGGCACCGGAAUGACCAUCUGUAUGGUUGUCAUGGCCGUGGCCACCAGCUUCCCUACAACCAACAAGCCUGCAUCAAUCGUCGCGGCAACUUUUAUAUUCAUUUUCAACCUCUGCUACCCAAUUGGCUUCUUGGGAGGUAAUUUUCUCUAUUGUACCGAGAUUGCUCCUUCUCAUCUUCGGGCGGCCAUGUCGUCCGUCUCUACUGCAAACCACUGGCUGUGGAAUUUCGUGGUCACUAUGAUCACCCCGUUGGCCCUUUCCACCAUCGGGUGGAAGUUUUAUAUUGUGUUUGCAUCCAUUUCCGCAUGUGUUCCCCUGGUUGUCCAUUUUCUUUUUCCUGAAACAAUGGGCCGCAGUCUUGAGGGAAUCGACCAAGUUUUCAGGGAAGCACCUACAGUAUUGGCGAUCGUGCCAAUGGCCAAGGGUCUUCCUCGGGGUGAUGUUAUACCUACGUUUGUUGAACACCAUGAAAAGGAUGGUAACCAGGAACACCGCGAGUGGGCUUAG